CGACGGGACGUCCUCGAUUUCGUGACUCCCUCGCCGAUUUUCGAACUAUAUCUGGACGUUACACCGCCUAUAACUUGGGAACCGGCAUGCUCACACGUAGAUAGAAACCUCCCUAUCUUUCUCGUCUCUUUUUCAUUUUCCUGAAACCCUACUUCGCUAGGGUUCUCGCGUUCCCUCUCCCCCUCUCUUACCUCCCCCAUUGGAAAUGGCAGUCUCUAUUCCUCCGGUUCUAAAACGCUACUCGUUUCCUCUUUUCCUCUUUACCCUCGGCCUCUUCUUCCAGAUCGCCGUUCUCCCUUCCUCCUUCCCCCCCACCCAUUACCAGGUGCUCGGCGUGAAGAGGUAUGCAUCUGUUGAAGAAGUCACAGAAGCGUAUGACAAACUUUCAACCAAAUGGUUCUCAGGCUCAACGCCCCCAACUACUAUAGAAUUCAUCAAGAUUCGCUAUGCAUAUGAGAUGUUGACAAAUCCUAUAUGGAAGAGAGACUAUGACCUUUUUGGUAUUGAUGAGCAGCUGCAUGCCAUCGAGGAACUUAAAAAACAUUAUGAUGGGGUGGACUUUUCAAAAAUUGAACUACCACUGUUGAAUGCGUCUAUAUCUGACUCGGCGAACCAUGGCUUUAAUGUACUCACACCUGAGGAGUUCGUUUCUAUUACUGGGAAGAGAAAGGUGGUGCUAAUACAAGCUUAUUCAGUUGGGAGUUCUCGCUGUGCCCAAUUCCUCAACAGUUGGAAGAGAAUCGCUAAUUUACUGGAAGGGGUUGCUGAAACUGGUAUGGUGGAACUUGGUGAUGUUCAGGUGGCUGCUUACCUUGCUGAUAAGAAGUAUACCAGGCAGCCAUUUUUUCGAAAUGGUCUACCUGCCCUUGUUGCGUUUCCACCUGACUGUAGAAGCACAGACUGUUAUGUGAGGUACCAAGGAGAACUCUCAGUAUAUGAAAUUGUUGAUUGGAUGGCAACAAAUAUACUUGGUUUACCUCGCAUAUAUUACUAUUCAAAGGAAGCUUUGGCUCCCAAAUUCAUGGCGAAGAUUGGUCAACAUAAGGUCAAAGUUAUUUGCUUCUCAAAAACUGGAGAACGUGCUGCUCCAUUCUUGCGCCAAGCUGCCAAAGAUUAUUGGACUUAUGCAUCUUUUGCAUUCGUUUUAUGGAGAGAAGAGGAUUCUUCCAUUUGGUGGAACUCAUUUGGCGUGGAAUCAGCCCCUGCUAUUGCAUUUCUAAAGGAUCCAGGUUUAAAACCUGUUGUGUACCAUGGAAGCCUAGACAGCUCAGAGUUUAUAACCAUCAUGGAAGAGAAUAAACACCAAGAACUUCCCCAACUAAGGAGUGUGACAUCUAUGGAGCUAGGUUGUGAUGCAAGAGGUUAUUCUCGAGCUGGAAAUGACACUAAGAUCUGGUAUUGCGUGAUUGUUGCGGGGCGCCCUAGCCAUGAGCUAAGUAAAAUGCGUGAUACCAUGCGCAGGGUCCGCAAUGUAUUGAUGGAUGCUGUUGAUCCAGAUAAUGCCAACAAAGUUAACUCUUCAGUUCAAGCAUCUGCUGCUGCAUUAAAAGAGAAUCGCCUGACAUUUACAUGGCUUGAUGGUGAACUUCAGAAGAAAUACUGUUUGUUUUACCUCUUUUCGGAUGAUGCCUAUGAAACUUGUGGGCCGAGGAGGUAUGGAGAUCUUACUGAUGUGCCUCGGCUAUUUAUUGUGCGCUACAAAAGAAAUUCAACAGAAGCAAAUCUUGAGGUCAAGAAAUGGCCAAAAAGUAUAUGGGACACUCCUUCAGAGGAGAAUGCUAAUGUUGCCUCCCAGCUCGUGGCAAGGUACAAGGGUUCACAGGACAUUCAUGAGAUUGUUAAUUGGAUCUUGGAGAUUGUUGAGGAUGGUGACACAAAAGAGCUUCCAUAUUCUACUCAAUCGACUCCAGAUCUUAUUCCUGAGGAUGCCAACCCAAUCUGGUCAAGGAGCACCCAGGGUAUGCUUUCUGCUCGCAAUGCUGUAAAAGAGAAGAUCCAGAGCAUUGCUUUCUAUAUUGGUGAUUACAUGAGAGACCCCAGAAUUGGUCCUGGCUUGCUGUUAGGUGCAUGCAUAUCCUUGGGUAUGGUUUGGCUGCAAAACAGUCAAACAACCCAACCUACUAAAAGGGAUGAAGGAACAAACAGUAGAGGAGCCAGCAGGAGACGUAAAAACACAAGCAGCUUAAACCAUGAUAGGCCCCCAUCCAUCACUGAUUCUGAACCAAAAGAUGCAUAUCAGAUGCUAUCAACAGACUCUGACUCAGAAUAGGUGGCGUUCGUAUGGGGUGCUAGAAUGGAGCAUAUAGCGCGCAGCAGCAACUACUGCAGAUUUUAUUCAGAUUUGCCCGUCUAUAUUUAAUGUUAGACUGAAAUUUAAGCAAAAUUUCUGCCAAGGUGUUUGAAAAAAUGUCAUUUGUUCGAUAGAAAUGCAAAAUUUAUAAUCGAUGAGUGUCUUUCCAAACCACGACAAGAUCGGCAUAAACUCUUAACUACCUUUCAAAAGGUGACAUGAGAGUGAUGAGUCGUGCAGAAGAAAUGGUAGCGUUUCUCAUGUAUCCCUGAUUUCUUAUUUAUCUGAAAGGUUGUACUUGCAAGUGCUACAAUCUUCAAUUAUAAAAGAAAUCAAAUUCCUUUGAAACA